AUGUUUACAAGGCAGGUCCAGCAUUGUCUGUCCAAAGACCAGAUCCCUCCCUGGUCUCCUCAGGAUCCUGCUUCCUGCUGGCGGGGCAGGGCCACGGGACAGUUGCAGGGAGGAAAAACCCAGCUCCCCGCUGCCUCCGUAACACCAUCGGCCCCACUGUCCCUCCAGCCAUCUCCAGCUCUGCUUCCCCACUCGCGGGUGCAGAUGAGUAAUGCCACGCGUGCCUUGCCCUCUGCCGUGGCGCCCAGUGCCCCGGGGCCUGGCACAGCAGCUGGGCUGGCCUCGGCUCCCCCAUCUUUGGCCCUCGUCCUGCUCACGGCCGCCCACAACGACUCUGAGGAUGGCCGACAGCUCUUUCUGACCACAACAGCGGCACAGGUCAUCUCCGGCAUCUUCGUGUGGUCAGCGCUCAUCGUCACCUUCCACCAGAUCUACACGCACCUGAGGAAUUACACCAUGCCCAAGGAGCAGCGCUACAUUAUCCGCAUCCUCUUCAUUGUGCCCAUCUAUGCCUUCGACUCCUGGCUCAGCCUCCUCCUCCUCGGCAGCCACCAGUACUAUGUCUACUUCGACUCAGUGCGCGACUGCUAUGAAGCUUUCGUGAUUUACAGCUUCCUGAGCCUGUGCUUCGAGUACCUUGGAGGGGAGAGCACCAUCAUGACAGAGAUCCGAGGGAAGCCUAUUGCGUCCAGCUGCUUUUAUGGGACCUGCUGCCUUCAGGGUAUGUCCUACUCCAUCGGGUUCCUGCGCUUCUGCAAGCAGGCUACGCUGCAGUUCUGCAUCGUGAAACCCCUCAUGGCGAUCAUCACCAUCAUCCUGCAAGCAUUUGGGAAGUACCACGAUGGGGACUUCAACGUCCAAAGUGGCUACCUCUACAUCACCAUCAUCUACAACUUCUCCGUCAGCCUGGCACUUUACGCCCUCUUCCUCUUCUACUUUGCCACCAUGGACCUGCUGCGCCCAUUUGAGCCGGUCCUCAAGUUCAUCACCAUCAAGGCAGUCAUCUUCCUCUCCUUCUGGCAAGGGACGCUGCUGGCAAUCCUGGAGAAAUGCGGGGUGAUCCCUGAAGUUCAGAUCAUCGAUGGGAAGGAGGUGGGAGCUGGGACAGUGGCUGCUGGCUACCAGAACUUCAUCAUCUGCAUUGAGAUGUUCUUUGCUUCCAUUGCCCUGCGCUACGCGUUCACCUGCCAGGUGUACAGAGAGAAGAAAGAAAACUCAACAGCAAACCUUGCCCCGAUGCAGAGCAUCUCCAGCGGGCUGAAGGAGACCAUAAGCCCCCAGGACAUUGUGCAGGAUGCGAUCCACAACUUCUCACCCGCAUACCAGCAGUACACCCAGCAGUCGAUGCAGGAGGCGGAGCGCAAAGCACCAGGGGAGAAUGGGCAUGUGGCCUCCAAGACGGAUGGACCGAGCAGCAGAAAGAGCAAAAACAUUGAGAAGAGAGUGCUGAUCCUGUCGGAUGAGGAGCUGUAG